UAAAGCCCUGGGUAAUCGGUUAUUAUUGUAUUAGAAUCAUACACGGGUUAAUAAAACAUGUUUAUUCUAAAAGUGUUAAAAUGCUUCUCCUUUUUUUACAAGAGUUUUUAGUGAUCUUUCUUGUAGUUUUUAUUGUAAAAUGUAGUGACAUAAGACAAUCUGACCAGCAGCAGAAAAUAACACAGCAACUGAAAAAGCAAUUUAUUUUUUUAAACGUCUUUUUAAUAAAAACUAAUUGGCAUGUCUAAAUUUCUUUGCGUUAAUUAAUAACUGAUGUGUAUGUAUAACCUCAUUAAAAGUCUUAGGAACAGCACAUAACAGCUAUCGUGUUUUUUCUUCAUUGAUAAAUCACAUAGAGCAGUCGUCAUGAGUACACAGCCAAUUUUAUCGCUUGAAACAAAACCUAUUCACAAUGAAGGGUAUGACCCAAUUAAUGGUUCAGAAGUUUUUAAACCUAAAAAUUACAUCAAAGGUGUUUGGAUAUGCGGUGGCGUGCAAAUAGCAGCAGGCCUGUUCGUUCAACUCGGAUACAUCUGUAGCCAUGAUGUAGGACGCUUAUCAUCACCAUUUGGUCUGCUCUGUUUUGCUACUGGAGUUACCGGAUUAGUUUGGACACUUUUAAUACACUCCAUGUGUUUGAACAGGACUUAUCUGGUAUUCUCAAUAUUAACUACGUGUUAUGCUUUUGCGUAUGUUAUUAUAUUGUUCACUAAACAUUUCAGUGGCAAUAUUUGCUUUUCUAUGAUUGGAGCAAGUAUAAUUUGUCUCGUAACUUCUGUAUUUGCUUGUAUCUUCUGUUAUAAAGUAAAUAAACUGCAUAAGUUAUAAACUGUGGCUUAUAAAGUCGUGCAAUUACCAAGUUUCAUGCACUUCUUUCUCGCUUAACUUUCAAUUUUUCUGCUAGUGAUAGAUAACCUUUGAAUCGAUUAACAUGCAUUUUAAGCUCUUGUAUUGUACCUUCUGUGUAUACAAUCUUUCUUUUCCAUUAUUGCAAAAACAAUACGUAUAAGUGUUAAACGGCAAAUAACUAUAAUAUAAUGACUUGGAAGUGUGUACCAACGCUAAAUCUUUAAACUUUGCAGGAGUUCUGAAAAUUUGUCCCUACAAGCCACUUUAUCUCAGGCCCAGACCUGCGCGUUAUUAAAAUGUAAUGUUCCUUUGACGCACUUAGUUCCCUUAAUAAAUUAUAAUAAGCAUUGCAUGCCCAUUCAGUAUGAGUAUCAACAUUUUUCCACUGAGGUAAUAUUUCACGAAUCAAAGCAAGGGAGAUAUCGUCGAGAGUGGCAAUAACAAUUGUGUUAUAUUCCUAACAACAAUAAAGAUUUAUGUGGGUUACGCACUACUUUUUAACGCAAUUUUUUUUUCAUUUACAAAAGUAAAAAACUCUUGUAGAUGAUUUGGAAAUUCCUAAUUAUUUUGAAAUCAGCCCUGCAGAAGCUGCAAAAAAGUUGUUUAUAAAAAUUAUGAUUUUUUAGCUAUAAAAUACAAUUAUUUCUCUGUUGUAUAGGUAAUUAUUAUAGUAGAUUUUAGGAUUUAAAGUCACAGUUUUUUCCUUCUACCACAAAACAGCUUUUUGCUCGCCCCUCCUUUAAAUCAAUGUUUACAUAUCUUACGUUACAAUCGUUUGAAAUAUAUUCAAUUCCAAAAUUCAAAAACACUGCACGGGACUUUUGCGCUGUUUUCUUGAUACGCUAAAAAGCCGACAAAGUUCUAACCUGUAAUGCUCCGAUCGUAUAAAAUUAUAGCAACAACCUGGAAUGUGUUUUUAUACUCAACUUUGACAAGAGUCUCGAGGAAUUUAUUUUAUAACUCUAGUGUAAUAAAAAUCUGAAAUUUUAUCAUUUAAAAUUUUUUUAAUCUAAAUAUUUUAUUAACAUUUCCUGGAAAGCACGUGACCCUACGCGUCCUUCUCAUAAGCGCUUCAACCUGAAAACAAUGGAAAAAGAACAGCGUCACAAAGGUCUGAGUAAAAUAGUAACGGGUCAUGAAAUCCGUAAAUAUUUGUCUCCCAAGCUAAGUGGAUUUUGCACAGGCUAAUUAUUUUUUUAUAUUUUGUAUAAACGUCUAUGGAAGAGGACGGUAUGUAAUAGACAGAAAUAACCGAUUUCAGUUUACUUACAAUUUAGGUGUUUCAAAUUGUCAAAUUUAUAAAUUUUGAGUAAAACGUAGAAAUGAAUUGAUUUUGUAUAUUCAUAUAUUGUCAUCAACUGUUGUUAGGGGAGACAAAGCAAUAUAACCGAAGAAAUAUUUUGUAUAAUUAAAUUUUAAAGCUUUAAAUCUGUGUUCUUUCAGCAUUUUGUAUAAAUUUUUAUGGGAGAGAAUGACUUGUGAUGAAAAUGGCUAGUUUUUUUAUACCUAUUAAUGUUUUAAAAUUUGAAUUGAUUUUUGUUGAAGUAGGUUUGGGUGUGUAAGCAAAUCAUUCUUUUUAAUUUUUCGGAUUGAAAUAUUGCGGUAGAGGGCAGCAUUCAAUAUAUACAAGAAGCCCUGGGGGCUCUAAGAAUUUCCGCUCGCUACCAAAAUAUUUGAUAACAACCUGCUAAUUUGUUGUGUUAUUGUGUCAAACACUCGAAGAGAUUUGGUGCAUGAAGCUCUGAAGAUAAAGCACACAAGUGACAUUAUAUCUUACAACAAACGCAAAAAAAACGAAACGUGUCAUAAUAAACUCACAUUUUAAAAUAAAUUUCUAACAAAAAAUACAGCCUAUUUUUCAUGGUUGAAAGUCUUGCGAUUAUGGUCUUAAACGGCAUUUCUUUGACAAAAAAAUCAAAUUUUGAUGUGACCAUAACAUUUUGUGUCAAACUUUAGAGGGUUGCUGUAUGCACUAGACUGAAUAGCUGAUAUUGGUAUGAUGUGAUAGAAAUUUAAUUUUGUAAGAAUCUUUUUUUAUGUUAGAGUUUUAAUGUCUGAUUUGCUUUUUUCCCUGGUAUACUUUUUACAUGGGCAAAAUAUAGUUUUUUGCAAAUUUAGCUUUUUACGUAACGGUUGUCAGACAUCUUUAAUUCUGUUAGACAUUGUGCUUUUUUACUUAGACGUUUUGUUUUAGCGGGUAUAAAUAUGGAAAAAUUACUGUGUUCUAUAUUUUUUCAACACUUUGGUAUGCCUUACAUAGAUUCAAUGAGAGAUACAGUGGAUUCUUCCACUGAGUACCUUAUCGGGAAAAAAAAGUCGGGGAAAAGUAAAAAAUGUUUUGCAAGUGACUUAAUUUUUCCCGGACCAAAAUUUCCCUCGAUUAAUUUUUCCCCGACUAGUACUUUUACCCGAUUUUUAUAUACCCGACUAAGAAUUUACAAAGACUUUUUUCUUUUAUCCUAAACUUUUUUCCUUAUUGUUGCCACCUUAAUAAAUUGCAAGGAAGAUUACAAAAAAGGAUCGGGGACAAAAAAAAAACAUAAUGGAAACAAAAAGAAACAAUAUUUUGUGUUUAAACAAACAUGAAACAAUCAUACAACUAUACAUCAGUAGUUCGUUUGAGUCAAACAACGAAUGGUCUCUCAGUUCUUUU